AUGAUUUUGCAUUUUCAGGGGAGAGAACUGCAUGUAAACAAUACAGUUCUCUCCACUGUCAGCUCCUGCACACUGCAUAGCACAACCAUACAAAGCAGUGUGCUUACAGUUGAAAGCACACACACAGCUUACUGUGAAACAGCACACACGGAACACCCUUUUAUCGCCUCAGAUGUUAACCCCUUCCUGCCCAGUGCCGUUACUACAGUGUCAGGGCUUUUUAUUAGAACUGAUCACUGUAUUGGUGUCACUGGGGAUGUCAGUGAUACCAAGUCAGUUUCUCCCAGUGUCAGAAUGCUCGCCACAGUUCCGCAAUAA